AUGGCCACCGCUGCAACCAUGAAGGAUGAACGGCCCUCACAUGAGUCUUCCAUGAGGGAUGUGGAGAAGAAGCCAAUGAUGCUUUCUGGUGGCGCGAAGCAGAUCUUCCGCCCCAGGAUCAUUGCCAUGGCUAUGAUUGUGUCUAUGGGUGGUUUUAUCUUCGGCUACGACACUGGCCAAAUCUCUGGCUUUCUCGAGAUGCCAAACUUCCUAGAAAAGUUUGCGGACGAUCACAACACAGAUGGCUCUCUGAAGUUUAGCAACGUGCGAUCUGGACUGAUCGUGGCCCUGCUCUCUAUUGGUACACUGAUCGGUGCUCUGAUUGCUGCGCCUGUCUCCGACAAAUUCGGCCGCAAGUACUCGAUCGUCUUCUGGAACAUCAUCUUCUGCGUUGGUGUGGUAGUCCAGAUCACAACAAUCGACGCCUGGUAUCAAAUCGCCAUCGGUCGCUGGGUUGCGGGUCUCGGAGUCGGCGGUCUUUCCGUCCUCACACCCAUGUAUCAGUCCGAGACCGCUCCUCGCUACGUCCGCGGUGCGCUCGUCUCGUGCUACCAGCUGUUUAUCACGCUCGGUAUCUUCGUCGCAUACUGCAUCAACUUCGGAACCGAGAGUGACAACAGCUCGCGCGCGUGGAAACUGCCCAUGGGUAUUGGCUUCAUCUGGUCUGCUCUCAUGGUGUUCGGCAUCUUCUUCAUGCAGGAAUCGCCUCGAUGGGAGUACCGCCAGGGCAAGAUCGACAGCGCUCGCAAGACCAUUGCACUCACAUACGGCGUCAACGAGGACCAUGCCGAAGUGCAGCGUGAAAUCAGGGAGAUCGAGUUGAAGAUGGAGGCUGAGCGUGCUGGUGGCGGCAACCACCCUUGGUACGAGAUCUUCACGGGUCCGAGGAUGGCGUACCGCACACUUCUUGGCAUCACCCUUCAGAUGCUCCAGCAACUUACUGGCGCAAACUACUACUUCUACUACGGAACAACCGUCUUCCAGUCUAUCGGCCUGUCAAACUCAUACGUUACCAGCAUCAUCCUCGGCGCCGUAAACUUUGGCUGCACCUUCCCCGGUCUCUACAUUGUGGAGAAGUACGGCCGUCGACCCGCGCUCAUCUACGGUGCGCUGUGGAUGUUCAUGUGCUUCCUUGUUUUCGCCUCUUUGGGCCACUUUGCGCUUGACAACAGCGACGGCACGCAAUCGCAGGGUGUUGGAUAUGCUAUGAUCAUCUUCGCUUGUCUCUUCAUUGCCGCGUUUGCGUCGACAUGGGGGCCGAUCGUGUGGGCUGUUGUUGGUGAAAUCUACCCUUCUCGCUACCGUGCCAAGUGCAUGGCUCUUGCAACCGCAAGCAACUGGGUCUGGAACUUUUUGAUUUCCUUCUUCACGCCGUACAUCACCUCCGCCAUCGACUACCGCUACGGCUACGUGUUCGCCGGGUGCUGUUUCGCCGGCGCGCUGGUCGUCUACUUCUUCGUCUGCGAGAGCCACGGCCGCUCGCUCGAGGAGAUCGACACCAUGUACAUUCUCGGCGUCAAGCCGUGGGCAAGCAAGCACUGGGUGCCCACCGAGGGCGAGGAGCUGCCGAAUCUCGACAACACGUAUCUCACGCCUGGCGCACGGGGGAUUAACAAGAAGGGCGAGGCGAGAGCUCCCGAGCAGGCGAUGAUGGAACACGUGCCCGAGAGCGAGAUGCAGAGUAGUGGUGCUGCUACCGGGGCGAGGUAG